AUGGACCAGGCUGACGAAAAUGCUCCUGAAUCAAUGCAUGAACGGUACGAUGAGGAGCGAGCGCGGCGCCGUCAAGCGCAGGAUCGACGAAUCCAAGAGCUCCGCCAGCCGUGGAACAGAGCGGUGCAAAGUGGCGUAGCAGCCACCCCUCCACCCGCCGUGACUACCUUUCCAAGGCUUCAAGUAGUUGGUGCGCCACCGCCUCUGGCGCCUACAGCUUCGUAUAACGAUCAAGGACACACCGAGGAUCAACAAGAAGGUGGUUCGGACCCGACGCAAGCCAGUGAAGCAGCUGAUCCGUCACAGGAGACUUCUACGGAAGAGGGGAGGGGGUGUUAG